UGCUGAGCCAGGAACUGGGGCUGAGGGGACCAGGCACAAAAGUGAGGAAAAUAAGGGAAAUAGAGAAAUAAAGAGAGGUAAAAGUCAAGAGCAGGGGAGGGCACAGAGUUAGAGCUAUCCAGAAACCCAAUGUGAUGCUUGCCCAGAAAACAUGCAGAGUGGGUGGGCAGUGCUGGGCCCUGGGUCACCCCAAAACCUGAGGCACCCAGGGAAGGAGUUGUGACCCCUGUGCCCCUCCAGCCACUGCCCAUCCCUGGCACCCCCUUUCCCCUGGGAUCCCAAACAUGGGAAUCCCAUUUCUUUCAGUCGCCCCUUCCCUGGAGUACCCAUCUCCGGACUGCAAUUCCCCAGGAUCUCCAACACCAAGGAACGCCCUCCUGGAGCUGCCAGCCAGGGGAGCGGUGGCCACAGCAGCGAGUGACAGCCAGUGCACAAGGCUGGGGACACCGGGAUGGCAGGGAAGGUGGCGCUGCUCCUGUGGGCCCAGACCCUCGGCUUUGCUGGCACUCAGACCACCUGGAUCAUCGUGGAGCCCCCCUGGAUGCCAGCAGUUCUGUGGGACCGGGUGACACUGACCUGCCAGGGCUCGGGGACCUCCAGUGCCACCACAUGGUACAAGGAUGGGCAGCGCUGGGGACAGCAGGGACAUGACCGCCUCACUGUCACUGAGAAUGGCACCUACGAGUGUAACAGAACCAGCACUGGGCUCAGCCUCCCCGUGAGAGUCUCUGAUGGUAAGAGGGACUGGCUGGUGCUGCAGGUGCCGGCACGGCCACUGCGGGAGGGGGACACGGUAACACUGCGCUGCCGGGACCGGCGGAACAACCUGGGCACCUGGGUGUCCUUCUACCAUGAAGAGAAGCUGUUGGUGGAGCUCCGAAAUGGGACAGAGCUGACCCUGUUCCCUCUCCAGCUGCACCACAGUGGGCGCUACCACUGCAGGGGCUGGCUGAAAGACAGGGAGUGGGUGGUGUCCGCGCCGGUGACAGUGACAGUGCAUGUGGCAGCAGGGGUCGGUGGGACCCUUUUGUUCCUGCUCCUGCUUGUGGGUGUCAUUGUGGCCUGGCACCGGUGGCACCGUGUGGCUGCCAGGAAGCAACAAGAGAGGCCUCCCCCAGAUCCAACGGCACCCCCCAAGGGGGGCAAGGUUCGAUACACUCACGGUGUGAGCAGCAAACAGGCACGGUGGUCCCCCGAUGUCACUGUCCCCCAGGAUCCCCAGGAGACCUACGUGGAGCUGUGGGGACCCCAUGGGCGACCAUGGGAACCCGGUGACAUCUACGGGAAUGUGCUGUGACACUGGGGGGAA